UAAAUAUAAUGUGCCCUAUGGUCUCUGGCCCCUCCCCACCAAUAAACCCAGUGACCCUCAGUGGACUGUGUGCAUACUAGUGUGUACUCUGUGUGUGUGUGUGUGUGUGUGGAGAGAGUGGAGAGAGCUCAUUAAAGCAUGCCUCUGCAUUUGUUGACAGUUGAUGUGCAUGCACUGGAGCGUCUGCGUGCAUGUGAGCAGUUUGGAGGGGGGGGCAGGAAGUGAAAGAUAAAGAGAUGUGGAGCAAAAAAAAAAGAGAAAGGGAAGGAGGGGGGUGCACACAGUGUGUCAGAUCCGAUGACCUUGAUGCCAUUAGAAUGCGGGACAAUGUGUGCUGGGGAUGGGGGCGCACAGAGGUGGAUAGAGGAAAUGGAAUCAGCUGACAGGAAGUGAUGUUAGGAGAGGCAAAGGACCCUUGUGUCAUGCUCCUGUGAGUUUGGUCACUGCUGGAAACAAAUGUUUUUUUAAAGCACGUCUAACAGUGAAAUCGCAAGAAUUCAACUCCCGGACUGCCUGAAAAGCAAACAUUUUGUUCUCUGUCGGUAUGCUUCAUUCACGUACACCUCCCACUAGCGAGGUGCUGGCAAAAAAAAAAGCAAAUUGAAAAGCUUGUUUCACUGUUUGAGGGUUCUGUGUCAGGACUUCGUUCAAAAGAAGAGGAUGACUCAAGCUUUACUCAUAAGCGAGCACACACAUUGCUGCGGAUGGACUUUUGUUGUCAGUCAUCCCUCCUACAACCUAGACCUUUCCUCCGUGCUGCUGAGAAAAAGAGCGAGAGCCUGAGAAUUGAGAGGGGGAGAGAGAUGAGGGCGUGCAGUAACUCAUCUUGGAUGAUAAAUGUGACUACACCGUGAAAUGAAGUGAUCGAUGAGGAGUCUUUGUUACCUCUCCUGUGUGUCUCUCAAUGCCGAAUUACAGGUUUACCGUAAGUGCGAUUUCAUUUUCACUUAAAUGUCAAGCUGCGUGGAUUGUUGUUGUCAUUUCAAAUAUCAGGUAACCUCGAUGACUCAAAAGUUUGCUAAAGGCACGACUGCCCUGCACUUCUAACGUUCUCUUUCACCGCGCUACAGUUGUGCUCACGAGGUGACUUCACACCAGCUCUGUUGAACAAACCUGAAUGGCAGCAUUGGAAUCCACGAAACGCACGCCAGCAUCUUAAAGCGACAACGCGCUUUUCUGCCAUUGCUGCUUCGCUUCGGUAGAUUUCUAUUCCUUUUGUCAGAGAUGGCCAGUCCGAUGGUGGUGAAGAAAUUUUGAGCAAUGUCUUAUGUGAAAUGACACCGAUGUAAGCUGAUAUGAGUCAUCAAAGAAGACAUGUGCUUGAAUCAAGAGCACUCUUACUGUAAAUUACUCGUGCCUUCUGACAUGGAGCAAACUGUGUCAGCUUACAUGCUGUAUUUACAGUGUGGGCACAUCAUGUGUCGGAAACAGCUGAAUCCCUUCCCUCAUGUUGGUGUUUUGGUCAAACAGCGUUUCUUUGUUUUACUCAGCUGUGGACAGUGACAGAGUCAGGCAGAGUUCAUGUUUAUUAAGUUCUCUUUCAUCCUCUUUGCCUCGCUCUCCAAAUUUUGGAUAUAAACUAUGGAAGUGCUAACUUCACAUAAGAUGGGACUGUUUAAGGAGCCUGUUGUGUUCAGGAGAUGUCUAAAAUGAGGAAGUGUGCGUACAGAACAGAUUCAGGGGUUAAGCCAAAUGCUGAGCGAGAAACGCUGUGUCACUACAGUCGGGGGAGUGAGCAAGUGAACACCAGCCAGCCGGGUGAAUAAAAAGAGCGUGCUUUCUGAGCUUCAGUUUUUUUGGUGUGGUUUUGGUGAUGGUGGGCAUGUGCUCGGGAUGACACGCGCCCACCCAGUGGUGGAGGCAAGCGUCCUGGUGGGAGACACUGAUGACGAUGACGGUGACGGUACAGCUACGUCACCGCCACAUGUGUUUCCUACCUCUCUCGCUCACUAUACUCUCCCUUCCCACUCAUUGGCCCUCCCUGGUCACGUGACCUUAAUGCUCUACUUCUCCAUCCCCUUCCUUUUUAGACGGCUCGGGCUGUGUUUCUCUUUGGGAUUGACGCUCAUCUGUGUGUGUACAUAUGAAAUUGUGCGGCAACAACGAGACAGACAGUGUGUGCAAUUUUAUAGCGCCAGAGAGCGAGCGCGUGAGAAAAGUGUUGGAACGGUAAUGCAAUAAGCUAUGCUGGAUGGAGGCAAAAAGCUCGGGAAACAAAACAGUAGAGACGAAUUGAGAAAGAGAGAGAGAGAGAGAGACAGGCAAAGGCAGAUUGAAGAUGCCAGAGAAAAUGAGAGACCAGGAGAGACAGGGAAAGCCAAAGGAAGUGAAGCAGGGAAGGGCUACAGAAGUUAAUCCAGCCACAGUGCAGUGUAGCUCACACAUGCUCAGUAAUAUAAGAGAAAAACACUACGCAGGAGCUGACAGCGAUCUGCAUGAGGGAGACGGCCAUAAUACCCAACCUCCUCCUCCUCUUCCUGGUUAAAUCUUCUCCAAAACUCCAGCAAUGUAGGAGCGAAGAGAGGACCGCAGAGCCGGUCACCCAGAGGCGAUGACGGCGUUCAUAAUGAUAAUGCCAGUGACAGCAAGGAAAGGCGACAAUGGUGAGGAAUGGGAGAACGUUGUCACACGCUGGCGGACGGGUAGGACAGAAGCCAUCGAUGAACUGUGAUUAGUCGGCUCCUCGCGGUCUUCAUUCGGCAGCAACCUCCUGACCCUUUUUCUGUUUGUGCCACUCUCGUACCUCUGGUUACAGAAUCAGUAUCACACGAACAGCUGAUCAACUCUGCACGUUUCAACAGUGUACUCCACAGAUUUCCCUCUUCCUAUCUCCACUCUGUUCCUCUUGCUCACCGAUGUUGAAGAGUCGUGCCCCUCUCACUCUCCAUUGCCCAAUUCAGCCGCCUUGCUGCUUUACUCCUGAGCAUAUAGGUCUUCUUUCGUUUGCUUCCCGACAUCUGCAGGAGUGAGUUGACAUCAUAGAGUGUUGGUGAUUUCUUUUAAACCAAGUGACCCUGAGCUUCCUGCAGUCGGAAGCCUUCUACUUUGCGUUUGCGUCCUUUGGAUCUUGGAUUAAAGGGCCGGCAACAGCGCCAGCAAUCCUCUCCCUCUCUUGCGAGAGCAUCCUAGAGGAUCUGUUAUCAGUCACAGGUGUAGGUCUGAAGCUUUUCCUGUCACACGAGGAACAGGGAAGCGAUGUGAAUGCGGACAGGAAUGAAAAUGGAGAUGGAACAACCAUCAUCGGUGGUUUCUCCUUCGGCCCGCGGUGGAGCCCAAUCUAGAUGGAGCAAAAAUGUCCGCGAGGAAAAAAAACGGAUGUCGUUUACAAAAGGCAUAAACAAGGAGUGUAAUGAUGCUUUUCUCUGCUCCCUUUUCUCUCUUUCUUUUUUUCCCUGUGUUGAUGCCAUUGCGCGAUGAGAUUGCGUUUUCGUUUGCAAGCCGCUGGUUUGCCUCUGCGGUCGAAAGCAGAGAAGCUCUGUCACACUCAGAAUUGCCAGUAUGGGGCUUAUGGCGAUAAACAAAACACACACACAGACAGAGAUAGAGCCUUAUAUAUAACAUAAUCUAAUGCAGCAGAGCACAUAAUGUGGAAUGGGUGUGGAUAGAGACCGAGAGGGGUUUUCUCACUGGUAAGGAGCUCUGCUGCACUGUGCUGUUUCCAAGGCUGCUGCUGCUGCUGCUAGCAACUAUCCCCCCACCGCUCUCUGUGUUUCUGCUCACUGCGCACUCCUCCAUUCCAUUCGUACGUGCCCGCUGUGGCUUAGAUAAUGGCCUCUCGCUCUAAACACACACUGAAAAGCGCGAGAGAGAGAGAGGGGAGAGGAGAUGGAGGGAGAGGCUGCGCGAGAGGGAGGGCAAUGGAGGGAGGGAAAGAGAGAGGGGAGGAGGAGGAGGGGAGGUGAAGGUGGGGGCUGCGAGGAGAAGCCGACUGCAUCUGUAGUGAAGAGAAAGAAAGAGGAUAUUGAAAAAGGGAAGGGAGGAGCAGACAGAGAUAAUGAGAAAGGAAAAAGCAGAGAACAGAAAGCGCUGGUCAUAAGAAUAGGCAAGAGAAUGAGAAACGUGUGCGGUGUGCUGGGGGGAGGUGUGCGCUGUGCGUGCGGCUGGCCGUGUGUGAGUGCAUUUAUGUGUGUGUCACCGCUCGCUCUGUCUGCGCGCCGCCCGGGCUGGGAGAAAUAGAAAAAAAAAAAAAACGAGGAAUACAACCCCCCAACAAGGCCAGAUCGCUCGUGGACUGCUGCUGCACCGGCGAGCAAUUCUCAUGCUACUCUCUGUUUCCUCUUCUGCUCCCCACUCUUCGACCGGCAGCCCCGUCUGGACGUCUAGGACGACACUGUUCACAAAGUUACUUCAGUGGAUGGCCCCAGAAGUGGAGGCCAGAUGGAAAUUGGGUCACAUGACCGCCUCCAGGAAGGCGCGCUGAGCCUGGAACUGGCCAAUGGGGUGAAUCAGUACCCUAAUGAUGGUGAGCCAUCUAUAGAAACAGAGCAGCAGUGUGCAGAAAGCGUGCUGCCAAGGCAGUGCUGGGUGCCUGGACAUGGCAAGGUCAGCGACACCCAACAACAGCAAACGUGUGGUGCAACCCCUGCUGAACCUGUACACCAUGCAGACAUGGAGGAUGCUCACAAUCUGGUGGCUUUUUCUGCUAUUGCUGGCUCACUGCCUCAUUCUUCCUCCUCUUCCUGCCACCUCUUGCAGGCUACUACAGCCUAUUUGUAUGAGAAGUUUACCCAGGAAACAGGCGCUGGGAAGGCUCAAGCUAGAAUCUCUGCAGGGGCUCCUGAGGGUAGCUGCCCACCUUCAGAAGACCUGGAGACCUUACAGAAAGCACUGAGCCAAGCAAAACAUGGACACAAGCCUCCCAAUUGCGACUGUGAUGGGCCUGACUGUCCAGACUACCUUGAAUGGCUGGAAAAGAAGAUAAAAUUAGCAACCAAUGAGGAUCAAGGCUCCCACAAACUGGUUGAUACUCCCUCACAUUUACAACCUCACAUAGAGCAACCCCAUUUGCUGCAUCACUCUCAGACCUACCAACAAGUAAAUGGUGGCCACCAUCUGUCUAUUUCAUGCUCCCAGCAGCAACAGGAAAGCCAAGGCACUCACCCAGAUCAAGUGCCCUGCUCCAAACCACCGAUUCCUUGCUCGCCACAGGUGCUCUCCAUAGCCAAGGAGAAGAACAUCAGUCUUCAGACAGCCAUCGCCAUAGAUGCUCUGACACAGUUAUCUGGUACUAGCCCACAAACUGCCUCUUCCCCAGGUCAAACCCCCUACACAAAUAACCUCCAUCACCAUCAACACAACCAAAACACCGCAUCUCAGCCUCUUAAUGGCAUUGGCAUGAUCCCAUCCUCUUCUGGCACCUACUCAUCUUCUUCACGCUCUCAGUCUGUCCCUCCAGGACUACAAACUAGCCAGCAGGCCCUAGAGUCAUGUGAGCACCACAGACCCCAAUCCCAGGGCCAUCCGCCCCAUGUUACCCCUGUCCAGUCCUCUACCUCUCCCUUCCCGUGUCAGGGAAAACCACCAGGCUUCAACCCGAAUCCCCUGCAGUGGCAGCAAGCCUCAGGCACAGGAUCUGAACACAGAAAUCCAUGGAUGUGUGUGAAGUCUGAGCCUCAGUCUCACCUUGCCACUGCACCUCAUAGUAGCUCAGACCCCAUGUCAGAGCUCAAACAGCUGCUUGGUGACACCAGUAGCAAGUUUAGCAAAAUUCCUUUUAAGCUUCCAGCUUCGCAACAACUUAGCUUGAACCAGAAUGGGACUGUCCAGGCCCAGGAUAACCCGGCAUUGGUCAGGAUAAAACAAGAGUCAGACUCUGCUGACCACUAUCAUCACCCUGCCUCCAUGGGACAUUAUGGUAUGGCUAAUGGUCAGCACCAGGGUCAGCACUACCCUGGCACUCCCCUCUCUCCUGGCCAAGCAGCCAUUAGCCACUCCACUCAGGCAGCUCUACAACAGCACCUUCACUACAAGAGGAAUCUUUUCUCAAACCACCCCUCUGGCUUUGGAGGCGUUGGCCCACGUGGGCCUCUGGCUUGCCAAAAUUUGAAAAAAUGGUGGCCACAGAUGGAUGCAGAGGCCCUGUCACAUCUGGCCAUCAAACAGGAACCCAAGAGGAAAAAAAUCAGCCAAGGAUCUCCUGGUCUUAAAGCUAUGACUGAGACGUUUUUGGGUCCUCCCCUUCCCAAACCCAAACAGAUAAUCAUCAAGAAGCCCAAACAGAAAGCCUCCAUGCCAACCUUUCUGCCUCAGACUCAGAUCACCACACAGAAACCACCAGUCCACAUGAUGGACAGAUCCGCACCCCUGGCCAAACUGCAACUAGGUCCACUCGACCAACUGCCCCUCCACAGUAACUUCACUCAGGCUGCUGCUGCUGCAGGCCUCCCUGCCCCAGCCCAAUCUCAGGUAUCCAUUUUCAAUUCCUCAAUGACACCCACUUCCACUGUUUCUGUUCCAUCAGAAAACACUCCAGACCAGCUGGGCCCUCUACUCCCACCUGUGGGCCUUGCAGCUCACAAUAAGUCAGAAGAGAUGGGCAGCCUGGCCUCCAGUAAUACCAGCACCAUGACACCUAUGACCUCCACAUCCUCACCCAGCACCUCAAAUGUACCAAGCGUCUUUAACUUGGACCCGAAGUACGAAGAGUUGAUCCGCCAGUUUGAGGCUGAAUUUGGGGACUCAGUUCCAGACGUAUCUGCCAGUCAGCCCGUGGAGGAGACUGCUACAGCCCCAAAGUCAGGGAAUGAAUCCCUGAGUAGUCCUCAGGACCUCAGUCCUGCAUCAUCAUCCACCUCCCAGCCACUUCCCUUAAUUUCCACAAGUCAACCCACCCCCACACCUCAUCGAGAUCAUCAGAUGGGAAUGAGCAAAGAUGAGUCCAGGACCCAAAGUGAGGCAUCCUUGAGCCAGGCAUCUACAGAACGGCCUAUGGAGAUGCAGCACAGGGAGUCUGUUCAAGUUCCUCUGAAACAGGAAGAUAUAGUGGAGAGGCAGCAGCAGUCCAGAGUGGUGCAGGAUACUUUUAGCAUGCCAGCUUCUCCGCUGUCAAAACGAAUGAAAAUUGAAUCCUCGGGUGAUAUAACAGUAUUGUCCACCACCUGCUUUUCUGAGGAGGACACACCAACUAAGGAAGGUGUGCCCUCUUCACCAUCUCUCAAAGGCUUCUUGGACUCUCCUUUACGCUAUCUUGACACACCCACUAAGAGCUUGCUAAGUACUCCUUCCAAGGAUCUUCAGGCAGAGUUUCCCACCUGCACCUGCGUGGAGCACAUAAUUGAAAAAGAUGAAGGGCCCUACUACAAUCACUUGGGAUCUGGACCUACUGUGGCCUCCAUACGAACCCUGAUGGAGACAAGAUUUGGAGAGAAGGGGGAAGCCAUCCGGAUUGAGAAGGUGGUUUACACAGGCAAAGAGGGAAAGAGUUCCCACGGAUGUCCUAUUGCUAAGUGGGUGAUCCGUAGAGGCAACGAGAAAGAGAAGCUGCUGUGUCUGGUGAGGCAACGUGCAGGCCAUCGCUGUGACAAUGCUGUCAUCAUCGUCGUCAUUAUAGCCUGGGAAGGUGUACCGAGGGCCCUGGCUGACCAACUGUACAGAGAGGUCACAGACACGCUCACCAAACAUGGCAACCCCACCAGCCGACGCUGUGGCCUCAAUGAGGACCGUACUUGUGCCUGUCAAGGCAAGGAUCCUGAAACUUGUGGUGCUUCCUUCUCUUUUGGUUGCUCAUGGAGUAUGUACUUUAACGGCUGCAAGUACGCACGAAGCAAAAUGCCGCGAAAGUUCAGGUUACAGGGAGAACACCCUGAAGAGGAGGAAAAACUCAGGGAUAACUUCCAGCUUCUGGCAACUGAGGUGGCUCCUGUGUACAAGCAACUAGCACCACAAGCCUACAGUAACCAGUGCCAGACAGAGUCCAAAGCUCCUGAAUGCAGGCUGGGCUUGAAGGAAGGCCGUCCAUUCUCUGGAAUCACUGCUUGCAUGGACUUUUGUGCUCACGCUCAUAAGGACCAGCACAACCUGUACAAUGGAUGCACAGUGGUGUGUACUUUGACAAAGGAGGACAACCGAACAGUGGGAGAAGUCCCAGAGGACGAGCAGCUCCACGUGUUGCCUCUUUACACGUUAUCCCCGACAGAUGAGUUUGGCAGCGAGGAGGCCCAGAACCGCAAGAUGGAGACAGGAGCUAUCCAGGUGCUUAACGCUUUCCGCCGUGAGGUGCGCAAGUUGCCCGAACCUGCCAAGUCAUGCCGACAGCGCCGACUAGAGGCAAAGAAGGCUGCCUCAGAGAAGAAGAAAAAUAAACUCAUCCAGCAAGCAGGAGAGACGCCGGAGAAGACGGGGAUCAAAGCCGAGGUCUGCAUUAGCAGUUUCCCUCAACCCCAAGGCAAUAAAGCAAUUAUAAAACAAGAGGUGAAGCCCAACAUCAAAAAGGAACCCUUAAACGGAUCGAUAGAUGGAUAUUCUGUGCAAGCAGUAGACCCAGUAAAUCCCAUGUAUACAAACCCCGUCUUCUAUGCAAGGGGAGGCCUCCCCACAACUGGCCAGCCCUCUGCACCUGAUACAGUAAAUGGUUUCCACACCAGUUUGCCCCCAAUGGAUUAUGCCUACUACAGGUGCUCACCCAAUACACUUUUCCCCCCUGUACUGAGGACCUAUGAGGGUCGAAAUGGCUCUUCGCCCAGAGCUGGCUGUAAAGCUGUCCAGGUAGAUCAGAAGCCUGACAUUCAAAACUUUCAGUCCAGGGUGGCUCUUUCCUGCUCCAGCCAAGCAGAGCAAACCAACCAACCAAAUCACACGACUUACACCCAGGCACCAGUUUAUAGCCAAUCCCGUCCUUCCUCUGCCUCCUCUGAGUCCUCCAACAGAGGCACGCCGGUCAUCAAACAGGAGCCUAUGGAUGUGCCAGUCUAUGAAGGCACGCUUCCGAACCAGGUCGGAUCCAACACAUCAAGAAGCCCCUCGCAACCUGUGACCUGGCCUGGGCACAAGCUUAAUGGAAGUUUUAUUCCCACCACUUGGGAUGCCCAUCAGAAGCAUAAACAAAGUUCCGAGGCCUCAUCGGAGAAACAGCAGCAGUUUCACCAGCAUCUCCAGCAGCGGCAGGCCUCUCCUUACCCGCAGCAGUGGUCAUCCUUCCUUGGCUUAAACACUAUGAGGGCUUCCCCUGCCCCAUCACCGUCACUCCAGGUACCUCCCUCUCCAUCUCCAUCCCCUCAGCUAGGCACAGUGGUCCAAGGUAACAUACAUCAAUCUUCCCCACGCCCUGGCACUCCACGCCCAAGCACCCCUCACCCAGUAACCCCACAGCCCGGUGUCUCUCACGCAGGCCCACUUACACCACGGCCAAGUACCCCACAUCCAGGCACCCCCAGGCACUGGGCGAGCCCCGUUGCUAGCCCACAGCCGCAAACAUGGGGCAUGGGGCCUUAUAGUCCUGGUAUGAAGCACAGCAAUCCUGCAGGGGCCUAUCCCGACAAGAUCUGGUCCAAGACUGGAGAAAGUCGGUGUUCCACUCCGGUUGGGCCCCAGGAAAAGGCCUGGAAGUCUUUUGGAGGUUCUGUGGCAAGUAACACCCCUUCCCCUGCUCCAGAGGGUCGCCUCUUCCCCGAUGCCCUGCAGCAAUCAGAUCAGGCCUGCUACACGCCCAGCCGAGCAGAGAGCGACGUCGAGAGCACCAAGAAUUGCGAAGAGGACGAGGAUGAGGUCUGGUCUGAUAGUGAGCACAACUUCCUGGACCCUUACAUAGGCGGGGUAGCAGUGGCACCAGCCCACGGCUCCAUCCUAAUCGAAUGUGCUCGUCGGGAACUACAUGCUACCACUCCACUCAAAAAGCCUGACCGCUCCCACCCCUCCCGCAUCUCCCUGGUCUUCUACCAGCACAAGAACCUCAACCAGCCCAUGCAUGGCCUGGCUCUUUGGGAGGCCAAAAUGAAGCUGCUGGCAGAGCGAGCACUGCAGAGGCAGCAGGAAGCAGCUCUCCUUGGCCUCUCCCAGGAGGAUAUCAAGGCACUCGGGAAGAAACGCAAGUGGGGCGCUACGGCGGCAGGCGCUAGUCCAGGACCUGGACAAUCUAAAGACAAGAAGGAGGGGCCGGUGACGCGGUUAUCCCCCUCGUUCUACACCACCUCUACGGUUACUGUGUCUCCCUAUGCCUCCACCGUCGUCACGGGGCCCUACAGCCACUUUGUGUGAGGACACAUAGACACAGAGUGACUGAUAGCUACAGAGUGGUGCAGUGGAGGGCUGGAGAGAGAGCACUGAGCAGAAUCAAUGUCUCUCAGCCGUCCCGCAGUCUGGCAUCCCUCCAUCCUGCCUCCCUCUACAGUCCACUUGGAGGAGGGGGACAUUUUUAUUGUUUUUUACCUCAUGUCAGGCAGUGGUUUGGGCUUCAGACACACUGCCUGUGGUGCUCUUCCUCUCUUUUCCCCGGAGAGGAACUCCAUUGCUUUUUCUUGUUUAUAGAAUUUUAAUGAUUCUAAUUAUUGCUAUUAUUAUCAAUAUUAUUAUGAUUGUUACUGUCAAUGUUGUUAUUACAGGUAUUAUUAUGAUGAAGACUUGUUUUUUUUUUUAUUAUUGCUCUUUUCAUUAAUGUUAUUAUUAAUAAGGUGACCUGUUUUGUUUUGUUUUUAUAUUUUUGUUAAAUCAAUCAGUCUGAGUUUGACAGACUUGGACACUUGCUUUUUCCAUGUUUGGAAAACAUGCACCCUUCCCCCCCACUUGACUUUGUUCUUAUCAAUCUUAAAGCUGUACUUAGAUAAGGAGGAGCCAUUAUCUCCCUGAUACGGCAGAAAAAUCAACAAUAUAGUCACCACAAUCAUUUCUUUUAGUUUAUAAAGCCAUUUCUGGGCCUUUUUAAAGAAUAAUCACAAUAAUCACCAUUAUGAAGAUCCUGAUCAAAAGUAUUGAUUUUUAAUGAAUCAGUACCAGCAUCACCACUGUCAAAUACGCCACUGACAGUAUGUUUUUUCAUUAUAGCAAACAACCAUCUACACAAAUAUUACAAAAGAUAAGAGUAAGGAGGGAAAUCACCAAAGCCCUUUUGCUCCAGGCACCUAGAAAAAGCGCAGCGAUUGGUUUCAAGUGUCAUGCUGAAGGAAGAAAAUGGUCCCCGGGCUCAGAAUAACUCUUAACCAUUACUGCGAGAAACCUUUGCAGCUUGCCUUGUCGUGAUGAUGAGAUGAUGCGCUCCUCCUACUCUCCCUUCUAGCUUCUGACUGGUGCUCAGCUUCCUGCUCUGAUCGAUUUCCAUUCCGCUACUCUUCAUGGCACUCGAUGCUGUAUUUAGGUGCUCUAACUCAAAUUUGGCUCAAGUAGUAUUUGCAACUAAAAAGUUUGUGUUUCGGCCCAGGUGGGAUACCAGAACACUGGGAUUUACUGCUUUUAACACAAAGGUGCAGAACUUGUGUCGUGCUAGGGAAAGGUCCUAACGAGUUAUCUCACAGAAGCUUUCCUGUGCUCUGUGCGGAGAACUGAAGUUCUCACACCCGGUGCUCCACAGAGGCCAAAACAAGCGAUACUACUUGUGUAAGCCAUUUAACCCAGAUCUGCUAUUCCCACAGGUGGCACUCUUUUAUCUUCCUAUAACAUUCAAGUAGGAGUGAGCACUUCCCAGUGUAAACUCUAGAGGGCAGCGUCGACUGCUGUUUCAAAGUGGUGUGUACAAACAAACCUAUAAGCACUUGGGAUUCAUUUAGAUGGCAGCCUUGUCUCAUUGUUGCUUUAACCAUCCAUGGCCACUAGAGGGGGCUAUCCACCCUGCUCGCUGACCAUAGAUUGGACUUGAUAAAACAGCUGAAGGCAAAGCUGACAUUAAAAAUGUGCCACAGAUGUGAACCGGAAACCCAUCGUGGGUUGGAGCAGCAGGAAACAGUGUUGGGACAGCAGUGCUUUUGGUGCUCACACACACACUCUGGUGCUCUCCUAUUACACUUGAUUUACUGUGAAGGGCCCACUCCUUUCUCUGCAUGGUGCUGUCAUCUUUGAGCAGAGUGAGGCGUGUCCUUCUGCAGGCACCUUGUCACCGCAGAGCCAGCCAAUCAAAAUGGCCACCGUGUGGUUCAGCUCCACAUUGGGCUCAAAAACUGGUUUCCUUUAGAGGAGUUAUUAUUUUAUUUUAUUUUUUGCAGUUUGUUGUGGCAUGUAGUGAUUUUUGUCUCAAACAAAAAGAAAAGUACACUGUACAGGGCAGAGAAAGCACAGUCAUUCACUGCAUUUCUUGGUAACCCAUUUAGCAGUGCUUUUCACAGAGAAAAUAGUACUGAGAGAUAAAAGGGAAACCGUAGAAAAUUUCUGUAGCUUCCAGGGUUUGGCGCCGAACGUGAGCGCAACAGAUCGAUGAAUCUCUCACUUUGCGUGCGUGUGUGUCUGAAAAGAGCCAAAGAGAGAGACUAUUUGAUAGCCUGGUGAGAGUCCUGUAAAUCGCUCGUUUUUAUUUUCCUUUGUGGUCACAUGGUUCACCUGCAACAUGUGUCAGAAAUGAAAAUGAGAGACUGCUGAUGCAAGCCGACUCCCAGCUGCUGGGCGGUCGUUUGGGCCAAGGCCCUGGUCAUCUGUGAAAGACCCUGUUACCUCUCCCGAUUUUCUCCAGCUCUCUACCUCACGCUGUAGAGACACUGGUCACAAUCACGACUUGCUACUGAGGGCAGAGAAUCAUGCAUGUCCCUUUGUGUGCUCUAGAUCUCCACACUCAUUUUAACCUGCUUUUUUUUUUUUUUUACUCUUAUUUAUUACUACAUGGUGAUAAUGAUAAUGAUUGUCUUUGAUGUUAUUGUUUUUUUUCAUCAUUUUUUAUAUAGCUAAUACAAAUUGUACAUAAAGAAGAAAAGAUUUAUAAAAGCACUUUUAAUCUUGAUUUUAAUGACACAGAAAGAGCCGAUUAUUGACAACUUGAAGCUUCUUUUUUUUUAAAUUUCCUCAAGAGAGAGAUAAAAAAUGUAAAUAUCAAACUAUUUAGGUAAGAUUAUUUAACUUGUGAGGAAAGUAACAAAACCACGAAUGACAUGGGGGUAUUUUUGAAGUCUCUGACAGCCCUGAACAUCAGUAAACAACACUUGGCCCCAAUGUGUUGUGUGCAAAUCUGUGCUUAGUCACUCUGCUGUUUUUGCUUUCCUAAUACUGUACCCCCUGUCGGCAUGCGACUGACAGAGCCCCAGAAAUUUCUGAAAACGAUUUAGUCAGCCCAAUUCUGUAACAUGAAACCACACUCAGCUGACUCACUGGCAACAGUAAAGCGAAAAUAAGAGAUCCCCCGUGUUGCAGUUGUGCUAAUGUAUGAAUUUAGAGUUUUAGCUUGACAGCUUUCAGUUGUUGUUAUUUUCAAUUUUGUUGACAUUCUCAAACUCUGUGACAGAUUCAUGACAGCAUCGUAUUUUAAAAAAAACCCCAAACAAAUGCCAAAAUCUGAAUAAUGUGAUUCCCACAUUCCCACGAGCGUGAUAAGAGUUACCUCUUGGCUAGUUUACUAGCUUGACUUAAGCAGCUGAUUAGCUUAGCUUAGCAUAUUGGCUGAAAACAUGGGGAAACAGCUAGCCUAACUAAAAUCAAACUGCCAGCACUUUAAACCUCUUUAACACACGUUAAGUAAGGUUUGUCAACACCAUUGUCACAUUGGUUUUACAGGGGGUUACAUCCCAGGCUAACAAGACCACCAGCAGAUAUUUCAUAAAAAAUAAAAAAGAAUCACUGCUUCCAGCCUGGAAACAGUCUGGUACAAAGUCCUCUGAAAAGAAAAAAAAAUAACAAAAAGGAAACAGAGAAAACAGAGUGAGCUUUAAAGCUGCUGGCGGGCAGAUUUUGUUACCUAUGUUGCUUCCUGUGUGCCCGGUCUUUAUGCUGAUCUCAGCUGUCUGAUAGCUGCGGCUUCAUAUUUAUCAUACAGACGUUAGAACAGUACAGAGUUUUUCUUCUGAGUGUCAACAGGAGAGAGAAUGGGAAGUUUUUCAAUGAUGAACUAUUAUUUACUAUCAAACACCCCCCCUAUAACUAUACUGACUGCCACGGAGCCAGUCUGAGGUGAAACAUUGGGCGACGCUUUAAUGAGUUACUGCCCAGCAGUCUUUGUCAGUUGUGUUACCACCGCCCUGCUUGCUUAGAUGUGUCAUCAUUAUUAUUCGCUUCAGCUUUUGUAAUAGCCAAGUAUGCACGUGGCAGAAAAAUCACAGCUCCCCCGCGGAAGACUGCAGAUCUUUCAUUUGCCAUGAUAAUUAGGUGACCCACGCCAUGUCUAACAGUAGUUUGAUAGUGCAGUAACAAGACCCAUUUUACGUAUUGAGCUUAAGACUUGCCCAUAUAUUAGUCACACACACACACACACACACACACACACACACACACACACACACACACACACACACACACACACACACACGCACAGACACAACACAAACAAUUACCGAAACAACAAAAGGGUGCUGAGGAUAUGGUGCAUAUGAUAUCUUGGUGACUUUGUACAUUUCUAAAUGCUUCAUAACUUUGGUGGAUGGUUCUCAUGAGAGGCACCACCUCCCAAGCGGACAAGUACUGAGAUCCUGGGGGGUGAGUCGGUUCAGUCGGUGCUAUGAUGCUAUACCUUAAAAAUUCACUGUGUUAAAAAAAAUACAAAAAAGGAAAAAAAAGCGAGGGAUAAAUAAUUACCACAAAUAUUUUUCUGAGCUCUUCGAAUGUCAAGAGAACUAUACUUUUGAUUAAAGCAGUUUCACAGGAAGGGAAGCUGCCCUGGUGCUGACUUUAUGAAAAGUCUUUUGUUACAACGCUACAAAUUUACAUCUCUUUUUGAGGGCAGGUGGUGCACUCAAACUGUUGAUUACAUUCUCUAUUAAUCUUCAUUCCAUACUGUACUUGAAUUCAUUUAAAAUAGGACGAGAUAUAGAAUCAUAUUAUAUGAAGACUGUUAGCUGGGUUUUACAUUUGGUACUGUGCAAGUACCAGAGGCUAUUCAAAUGAUCUUUUGAGUAUGUUGUACAUGUUCAUGUUAACUGAAUGCUAAGAUAUUUGAACGACACAAAAAAAAAAAAAAAUUGCGUACUGCCUCCCUGUUCCUCUCCCAAGUGAUGCACUUCCUUUACUCACUCCCUCUCUUUCUUCUAAAUUUUGUAUAGUUUUUGACACACAUAGAUAAACACACAUAGAUUUGCAUCUAACUGUGUAUGGCCCACAGUCCUAAUUUAACGAACACUUGAAAUUUGGGAUAGAGACUUGGACCCUGACCCAUAAAAUUAAAUAAAAGGAAAAGAAAGAAAAAGAAAGUGAACCAACACAACUGGCAGCUACAUUCCGUUAAGUUUGAGGAUUGUUCUUGGUUCUUUAUUUUUCAUGUCAAGGAUGCAGUAUGUAAAAAAAAAAAAAAAAAGGAAAAAAAAGUGUUUUUGUUCAGUCUCUCUCUCUCUUUGUAGCUGUAUGGUGUAUUAUGUGAAUACAUAGUGUAUGUGGUUAAAAAA